GCAUUUUAUGCUUUCUACUGAAUUGAUUGCUUUUGUUUACACGCAUAUAUAUAGGAAAACUGGCUAUGAGAGAUUAUGGAAAAAUGGGUAUGAGAGAUUAUGCAGCUGCUGGUAAAAAGUUGAUGAUCUCUUCUACCACUCUCGGACGAGGUGUUCAGGAGGAGUAUGAAAAGCUUCAGCGUAUUGUAAGAGAGGCCAAAGUGAUACUCAUGGAUUUAGAAUGGCGACGAUUGCGGAGAGGGUAUACUGCUGAUGUAAGGGGCUGGUUGAACCAGAUUACAGUAUUAUAUUGCGAAGCAGAUGACAUGUUGGACGAGUUGUCAUAUGAAGCUCAUGCCACCACGAGAAUUAUUCAAAUGAAGGAGGAGAAGGCUGAUUUGUAUUGCAUGAUCAACAGAAAGGUAUGCAAUAUUAUUAAGUGUAAUUCCUUGUCACUACCUCGUAAAAUCAAGAAUUUCCAACAUGUGCUAGAUGAUAUGAAAAUGGCAUUCCCCGAUAUUGAUUAUUCCCCUGAGGUUCGAAUAAAUAUCGGUGAUAUUGAUUAUGCUUUCCAACAAGUAUAUAAAAAUAGAAGUGGGGAUGAAGCAGUAGUAAAAGUUGGAAGCAGAGCGGAGGAGGACAAAACAAAGAUUGUUAAUAUUAUUAUUAAUAAUCGACAACAAAUGCUCAUCUCUGUCCUCCCUAUACUAGGGGACCUAUUUAUUGGCAAGAAAACACUAGCAAAGCUGGUCUUCGAUGACGAGUCAAUUAAGUCGCAUUUUGAUCUCAGAUUUUGGGUUGGUACUGUGUGGUUCUUGCACUUGAGAGACAUUGUAACAGAAAUAGUUGAACAGUCUCUUAGAAGAAGUAUGGGUGGUAUGGGUGGUGGUGAUUUACAGCACAUGUUAGAAGAGAUUUUGAGUGGGAAAAGGUUUUUACUUGUGUUGACUGACGUGUGGUUCCGGGGGCUACCAGAAAAAGAAAGAUGGGAUAAUUUACAAACUUUGUUAAGAGUUGGCUCCAAAGGGAGCACAAUUAUUGUAACAACAGAUUAUCGAAGAACUGCAAGAAUAAUGGGGACAAUUCCACCAUAUGAAUUAAGCAGACUAUCAAUAGAAGAAAGUUGGGCAUUGUUCAGGAGAAAUGUAUUUGGGAGAGGAAGUGCAGUACUAGAGACUCCAAAUCUAGUCAGAAUAGGAUUGGAAUUAGUUGAGGAAUUCCAAGGUUUUCCGUUCGCUUUAACAAUUCUAGGUGCCAUGAUGCGCUUCAAAACAAAUAUACAAGACUGGACAACUAUCCUAAAAACUAUGAAAGCACUACAUAGCAAUAGCGAUUCAGUUAUUGAGUCUGCACUGAAGAUUUGUUACAAUGACAUGGAGUCACCAUUGAAACGAUGCUUUUCAUAUUGCUCAGUCUUUCCCAAGAAUUUUAUAAUCGAGAAGAAGAAAUUGAUUCAAUUAUGGAUGGCUCAAGGUUUCCUAGAACAAGAAGCAUCAUCAUCCAUUAAUGAUAAUGGUGGUGGAGAUCAUGAUGAUGUAAUAUUAAUGGAAGAGGAGGAUAUAGGUAAUGCAUAUUUCAAAUCAUUGGUGCUUAGGUCCUUCCUUCGAGUUGUCAAAUUCGAUGAUAAUGGUGAACCAUUAGAAUGCACGAUGGAUGCCUCUUUCCGUAAUUUUGUACAGGAUCUACCAACUCCUCGUCAUUGCAUUCUUGAUUUUCGAUUGGUUCUUGAUUUUCCUGAUGAUAUUUCUUAUCAUGGUCACUUUUCUAAGAGCCUACGUGUACUAGAACUCAAACACGUCAACAAAGAUGAGUUGCCAUCCUCAAUUGGAGAGUUAAUACACUUGAGGUAUCUUGAUCUUUCCCAUGGUCGGUUUAAAGCAUUACCUGCUUCCAUUUCCAAACUCUACCAUUUGCAAACUCUGAAGCUGUUACAUUGUAGAUUUCUUCAAAGAUUUCCAAAAGGUUUAGGGCGACUGCGUAACCUUAAAAUCUUGACUUCAUUUAAGGUGGGCAACAUGAAUGUAACCACCGGUGAUGAAGCUGGUAUUGAUGAACUAGGAUGUCUACUACAACUUGGAGGAAGUUUGAGUUUAAUUGGUCUCAACAAUGUGAAAAGUAGAGAAGAUGCUAAAGCAGCAAAUUUGAAGGACAAACAAAAACUCCAAGAGUUGACAUUAGAAUGGGAAUCAGAUUGGCAUGUUUGUUCCAACGAGGAAAGCAGGAAACAAGACCAUAUAUUGGAGGAGCUCCAACCUCAUCAAAAUCUGAACUCUCUAUUUACUCAUGUCACCAUGUGA